UAGAAGCAAGUGAGAUGAAAUGCAAGAGAGCGAGCGCGGGGUAGGUGCAUUGCAUACUGAGACCGAAUAUAAAGAAAGAUAAUUUGUUGCAGUGAAAUGGCAUUUCUGAGGUCAGUGGCAACAACUACAAGCGCUGCAAUAGCAGCUUCUUCUGCUAUCCCUGCAGUCUUCGCCUUUUCUUCUCCAUCAUCAUCUUCCCCAUCUUCUUCUUCUUCCCCCAAAUCCCCAAACGCAUCCUUCUCUUCCAACCCCAACAGGUUCACCCUCGUCAAAGCAUUCGUUGCUCCUCCCUCACCUCUCCGAAUGGACACCAAGCUCUCUAACCAGACCGAACAUGUCUUGCCGGAGUUACUGACGGAGUAUAUGGUGGAUAUGAAAUGCGCCGGUUGUGUUAAUUCGGUCAAAGAGAAGCUGAACACCAUUAAGGGAGUGAAGAACGUGGAAGUGGACUUGAGCAAUCAGGUUGUUAGGAUACUCGGUUCGACGCCGGUGAAGACCAUGACUGAAGCUUUGGAGCAGACUGGUAGAAAAGCCAGAUUAAUAGGACAAGGAGUCCCAGAAGACUUCUUAAUAUCUGCUGCUGUCUCUGAAUUCAAGGGUCCCAAUAUUUUUGGUGUUGUUCGCCUGGCUCAAGUAAAUAUGGAACUGGCUAGGAUUGAAGCCAACUUCAGUGGGCUAUCACCAGGAAAGCAUGGUUGGUCCAUUAAUGAGUUUGGUGAUCUGACUAGAGGUGCCGCGAGCACUGGUAAAGUGUUCAAUCCUACAAAUGAGGAAAACACUAAAGAGCCACUUGGUGACCUGGGAACACUAGAUGUUGACGAAAAGGGUGAGGCCUUCUACACUGGGGUCAGAGAAAAUCUGAGGGUGGGUGAUCUCAUUGGACGAUCUUUAGUGGUAUAUGCAACUGAAGAUAAAUCAGAACAUGGUGUAGCUGCUGCAGUAAUUGCCAGAAGUGCAGGAGUGGGUGAGAACUAUAAAAAACUCUGUACUUGUGAUGGCACCACCAUAUGGGAGGCAAGUGACAGAGAUUUUGUUACUAGCAAGGUCUGAUAAAGUAGUUUCAUGAAAACUUAGGAUUAUAAUUUAGUUGCCCUGUCCUCCCCCAGUACUUCAUAUUUUAAGGACUUUUAUACCUUAUGGAUACAAUAAUGUUUGUUUUAUACAGUUUAUAACUAUAUUUUAAAAUUAUUAAUAUUUUGUUGUUAUCA